GUUUCAGAUCUGAAAGAACCACAUAACCCUAAGCCUCAAUCAAACGGCUAGGUUGCGCUGGAACUUAAAUGGCAGUGACAGAGGCUCAAAAUCCUCUUCUUGGAGAAAACACCUGUGGUUCCUUGUUAAAGAAGCUUCAGGAAAUAUGGGAUGAGGUUGGUGAGAGCGACGAGGAAAGAGACAAGAUGCUUCUUCAGUUAGAGCAGGAGUGCUUGGAUGUGUACAAGAGAAAGGUUGAGCAGGCUGCAAAGUCGAGGGCACAGCUACUUCAAGCCUUGUCUGAUGCUAAGCUUGAGCUUUCUGGUCUUCUAUCAGCUCUUGGAGAAAAGAGCUUUGCUGAAAUUCCUGAAAACACUUCUGGAACUAUCAAGGAAGAGCUUGAAGCCAUAGCACCAAUACUUGAACAGUUAUGGCAACAAAAGGAAGAAAGAAUAAGGGAGUUCUCAGAUGUACAGUCACAGAUCCAAAACAUAUGUGGAGAAAUAGCUGGGAACUUGAACCUUAGUGAUGUUCCCCCUGCAGUUGACGAGUCUGACUUGUCCCUGAAGAAGUUAGAUGAAUAUCAAUGUGAGCUCCAAGAUCUUCAAAAAGAAAAGAGUGAGAGAUUGCACAAGGUUCUUGAAUUUGUGAGUACUGUGCAUGAUCUAUGUGCUGUCCUUGGUAUGGACUUCUUCAGUACCGUAACUGAGGUUCAUCCAAGCCUAAAUGACUCUGCUGGUGUUCAAUCCAAAAGUAUAAGCAACGACACCCUAGCUAGGCUGGCUAAGACUGUCUUGACGCUGAAAGAAGAUAAAAAACAGAGGCUUCACAAACUACAAGAAUUAGCUUCACAGUUAAUUGAUCUGUGGAAUCUAAUGGAUACCCAUCCGGAGGAAAGGAGACUAUUUGACCAUGUUACGUGUAAUAUGUCUGCUUCUGUCGAUGAAGUCACUGUUCCUGGGGCCCUUGCUCUGGAUUUGAUUGAGCAGGCUGAGGUGGAAGUUGAGAGGCUUGAUCAGCUGAAAGCCAGCAGGAUGAAGGAAAUUGCUUUCAAGAAGCAAACAGAGCUUGAGGAGAUAUUUUCCUGUGCCCAUAUUGAAAUAGAUCCAGAAGCUGCCCGAGAGAAGAUUAUGGCAUUAAUUGAUUCUGGAAACAUUGAACCAACUGAAUUAUUGGCUGAUAUGGACAAUCAGAUAGCGAAAGCAAAAGAAGAAGCUUUAAGCCGAAAAGAUAUAUUGGACAAGGUUGAGAAAUGGAUGUCAGCAUGUGAAGAAGAGAGUUGGCUUGAAGACUACAACCGGGAUGAAAACAGGUAUAAUGCAAGCAGAGGUGCACACUUAAACCUCAAGCGUGCAGAGAAAGCUCGGAUACUGGUCAACAAAAUUCCAGCUUUGGUUGAUACAUUGGUUGCUAAAACUCGUGCAUGGGAAGAAGAGCAUGACAUGUCAUUCACUUAUGAUGGUGUUCCUCUCCUUGCUAUGUUAGAUGAAUAUGCCAUGCUCAGGCAUGAAAGGGAAGAGGAAAAACGAAGGAUGAGGGACCAGAAGAAGUACCACGAGCUGCAAAACACAGAACAGGAAGCCAUCUUUGGUUCAAGACCCAGCCCUGCUAGGCCAGUCAGCGCCAAGAAGGUAGUGGGACCUCGAGCUAAUGGUGGAGCCAAUGGUACUCCUAACCGACGGCUAUCGCUUAAUGCUCAUCAAAAUGGAAGCAGGUCCACAUCGAAAGACGGAAAAAGGGAUAAUACUAGACCUGUUGCUCCCGUGAAUUAUGUGGCCAUAUCAAAAGAAGAUGCUGCUUCCCAAGUUUCUGCUACUGAACCCAUCCCGAUAUCACCCUAAUAACGAGAUCUUUGUUUUCAACCUCAUAGUUUCAUCUUUGUAGCAUUGUCAUAUUACUAGUUAAUGCUUUAGGAAUAUAAUCUGUGAGUGACAAGUAAUUGGAGAGGAACUGUUCUGAGCUGUGUAUGUUAUAUUUGCCAUUUGGAGGUUUUCUCAAUACAUGUUGGCUUAUCCAUUG